UAUUUAUAGUUGUGGUGCCUGGGAGGAGCGCAACAUGGCGGAGGACGCGGGAGAAGACGGCGCCGUCAGGGCUGGCGCGCGGGACCCGUUGGUGCUCGGCCUAAUGCCUCCUGCAGGAAAAGAAAAACCAGCAGCUGCAUUAGACUUUCCCGGAGUCCGCUUUGUCGAUGAAAACAUCACAACUAAACCCCACCAGGAGACGCAGGUGGUGGUGGAGAGCCUGAGGAAGAACACCGUACAUGAGGUGAGACCCCAGCAGGAGGCGGUGGAGGAGGUGGCUGAAGUAGACUGGCUGGGAGUGCCUCUUGCAGCCUCCACCCUUCCAGACUACACCUCCAUGUACCGCCACAACUACCCUGAUUACUCUGGUGGCGCCUACAGCACCCCAGGUCAGGAGCCUGGCCUCACCACAGGCAGGGCGAGGGGGCGAGAACUCUACGAACAGUUUGAGGGCGUGGGGUGGGUGGCGCGGGAUACCGUGCCCGCCGGCCAAGUGGGCGGCUACGUCAAGAAGGGCGGCCAAGUGGGGCGGGCGUUGCUCCACCCACAGAGUGACCGCUGGAGCACCCCGGCGCCCGUGGUGGAGCGGCUACGACGGACGGACCCCAUGGAGUACCUCAACCUUUGUGAUCCCCUCAACAAGAUACCGUCGGAGCGGUUGAUGUACCAGUGGGUGAUGAGGGACCAGGCGGCCGUGGACGAGCGCGUAACAGUAGGACGCUCCUGCAGGACCUCGGGCUUCACCGCUAACUCCUCUCCACACCUUCCCCCUGCCGAGGACAGGUCCUUUUACUCCGUCUACGCCAACAGCUACAACGUAGCCGCUCCUCGUGACGAUGUGGAGGGCCUCUACCCCUCCCUGCAACCUGCCGUGUCUUCCUUCCAAUACCCUGGCUAUGGCGGCACCUCCACCAUGGACGACAUCCCCUCCACCUUCCUCAGGUUAACGCCGCACCAGCUGCGAACACAGCCAGACUUUCUAGAUGAGAGGUCUGGCUCACACCAUCUCCGUCAGACACACAGACUCUUCACCAACUGUUGACACCCUUCCCUGGGUCCACUGCCCUGGCCGGGUCGCCUACUGUGGGUCGCCUGCCGUGGGUCGCUUUUCCUGGGUCGCCUUCCCUGGACCGCUGCCGUGGGUCGCCAUCCCUGGGUCCCCUUUCGCGGAUCGCUUGCCGUAGGUCGCCUUCCUUGGGUCACCUGCCUUGGAUCGCCUGCCGCGGGUAACCUUCCAUGGGUCACGUGCUGUGGGUCGUCUUCCAUGGGUCGCCUGGCGUGGAUCGCCUUUCCUGGGUUGCCUUCCGUGGGGGAUCGCCUGCCGUGGGUCGCCUUCCAUGGGUCGCUGCACUUUUUCUUGUGGCGUGUUUGUAUUGAUGAAUGUGUGAUAA